AAAAACAUUUUACCGGUGGAAAAGUACGAUGCGCCACAACUAUAGAGACGCCGCCUGAGUGAACAACUAAAACAAAGUGAUUGUCAUAAAAUAAUGACAAUUAAACAACAAUUUAGUUGCGGAAACCUAAAUUAACAAUGUCAGAGACAGCCGAUACCAUCCAGGCGGCGACAGAGGAUGCUUCAGCACACGAUUUCAUCGAACUGAAAUCCAUGGAAGAUGUUGAGAAAUUGGAGCAAACCCAAAUUUACGCUUACAUAGAAAAAUUGCAUGGAAUUAUAAGAAAAUAUGAUACAAAGAUUGCAUCAUAUAAACAAAAGCUAAAACAUUUUCUCAAUAAGGAAACGAAAUGUUCAGAUGCAAAAUUGGCGAAUGGCGAUGCAAAAGGAACGCAGGAUAAUGGCGUGGACGAAGAAGAGGGAAAAGAGCUUUCGGCCACGGCUGCGUUUAGUUUUGUCGAUGAAAUGCGUCAAGCGGCGAAACAUGCAGAAAACUUGAACAAUUUCGUCUAUGAGCCGACAUCGGGCAUGUACUAUGAUCCCAAGACGGGCUACUACUAUAAUGCGGAAUAUGGUCUCUAUUAUGAUGGCAAUACGGGCUGCUAUUACAGCUAUGAUCAGUCGAAAGAUUCGUAUGAAUUUCAUUCCCAGGCACAGGUGCAGGCAAACAGCGCCGCAACCAACGCCGAAAAGGAGCAGCCGGAUAAUGAGGAGGAUAAUCUACACGAUGACGUUGAGUUCGAUGAGUAUGGUGGAGUGAUCACAGACAAAGCUACGCUGCAGCAAAUCAAGGCGGAGAAGCAAAAGCUCAGAGAUCGCGCAGCCAAGAGCAAACGUAAAGCCAAGAAGCAUGCGAAGAAGAAGAAGAGAAAGGAUCAUCGUCACAAGUCGAAGAAGCGUCACAAGGAUUCGGACAAUGAGGAGAGUCGCAAGCGCAAAUCCCGCGAUGUGGAAGAUGGCGAACUGUCACAAUCGUCGAGCAGCUCCAGCUCAGAGUCGAGCGAUGCGGAGAGCAGCAACAGCAACGCAGAGGACGACAAUGAGGAGGCCUCUGGCGUGCCCAUUUUCAAGUCCAACAGUCGCUUUCAAGACAUUGCCAAAAAGUAUCCACCCUCGCUGCGCAUCAUUGUGCAGGAAACGAACGUGCAGGAGCUGACAGUGGGCAGCCUCCAUUUGAUUACCUACAAAGGCGGCUCGCUGGGCAGGGAAGGAGUACACGAUGUCAUCAUUCCAGAUGUGAAUGUCAGCAAGUGCCAUCUAAACUUUCACUACGAUAGAAAGCAGGGCGUCUACAAAUGCCGUGAUUUGGGCUCUCGCAAUGGCACCAUUCUCAACGGAUCGCGCAUGUCCGAGUCGAAGGAAGCUAGCGAAACAUUGGAUCUAGUGCAUGGCAGCAUCAUUGCCAUUGGGCAGACCAAGUUGCUCUGCCAUGUGCACGAAGGCAAUAGCACUUGUGGCUUGUGUGAGCCAGGACUGCUCAUUGAGACGCAACCAGCGGCAACUGUGGCAGCUGUAGCUGCCAACGUGCUCUCACACAAGGAGCAGCUGAAGAAGCUACAAAAGAAAUAUGGCUUAGAGAAUGAAAAAUUUGUGGAGACGAGCGCCAAUCCCAAUCCAAAUUAUAAUGAUCGCAGCGCCCAGCGACGCAUCAAAGUGGGUAGCAGCACGGAUAAGGAGAAGACCGAGGUGGCCUGCGUGCAUACUGAAAUCGCCAGCUCCAACAAAGGCUUCAAAAUGCUCAGCCAACUUGGCUGGCAAAAGGGCGAAACUCUGGGCAAGGGCAAUCAAGGAUUGCUAACUCCUAUCAAUGUGGUGGCCAAUGAGGGCACCACUGGCUUGGGCAGCAGCGAUCCUUUGGCCAAGAGCGCCUCGCGAUCCGUGGAUAAACGCAAGUUGGCCAACUUGAAGAUAACUCAAGCGCGUUAUCAGCGCGCGAAAGAUAUAUUCGUAUUGUCCGAUGAGAGCGAUUAAUGAAAUUUCUUGUUUUUGUUGCUUUUUGUUUUUUAAGUUUGAAACACAUUUAAUUAACA